CGGAGAGAAGGCAAAUCGCGGAAGUGGAGGCGUAGAAGGCAGAGAUGCCGACACACGGCCUCGAAGACGAACAGCAAGAGGUAUGGACAAGAGCGGUCCACACACAUAUGACGCGUGGUUUCUUCUUGUGCUGCCUGCCUGCCUGCUGCCUUGCUUGCGGAAGUAGCCUUGGUAUCUUAUCUGCCCUUAAUUGCGUCCAUCCGUACGCACAAGUGUACUGGCUCACACUUGCUGUUCGCUGCUUUGGUUUUGCGUGAGCUGCUUGUUGGCUGCGCAGCUUCUUCCUUCUUCCUGGGCCGAAUGAACAAGUGAAAGGCUGUCGGCUGCUGACUGUCCAUGGUAUCCAUGUACGCGUGUUCUUCUUCAUGUGGGCUGAAAGAUAGCGAAAUAUGUGUGGGUGGGUCGUAGCCAGCUAUGAGUGAAGGUGACAGUCAGCUAAUUCUGUGAUCCGAACAUUCAUGCGCACAUACGGAGCGGCAUGCAUGCAUCUUCACACACAUGACGACACACACACAUGCACAGACAUCCCCUCAGUUGUUUUCUUUCUCUCUCCCCGUGUCUGUUUGCAUGGUGUACGUGUCAGGCGGCUCACAAGAACAGCCUCAACCCAUUGCACCACCCCCCCCACCACCCCAUCGCCCCUCAGCACUUCGUCGACGGCACCCCAGAUGUGCCCGACAACAUGGUCGUGCACGUCAAGGACUUCGUCGAGCAGGCACCCACGACGCCCCUCGCACGCACCAACUCGUUCGGCCAGAUCGUCCGGAAAGAGGAGCCCCUCUCCCGGACCACACAGUCCGGCCCCCCGCCCCCCUCCCUCUGGGCCGACUUCCCGGCCGCCGACUACGUCACCAUUCUGACAGAUGACGGCAAGCAGUUCCACCCGACGGUGCGGCAGCGGGUGCUUCACAGCGAGAGCGAGACGGUCUACGCCCUGUGUCCCUUGCGCGACACCAAGCUGCAGAUCACGGAGCACUGCAUCCUUCGCACGCCGGGUGUGCUGGAGUUCGGCGUCCACUUCCGGGCCGUCGAGACGGUGCGAUUCUCGUUCAACCGCGAGGUGCGGGUGGAGGGCCAGCACGAUAAGUUCAGCGAGUGCGACUUUUUGCUGCCGGGGCUGUGGUACAAGCACAACCUCGUGGCGGGCAUGAGCGACGAGACGCAGAACAUCGUGCUAUGCCCCAACCCCGCCACCAACAAGAUGCUCUCGUCGUUCGCCUACAACCUCUACCCGAGCGUGCGCGUGGGGACCUGCUGGACGGUGCGGGAGGACAAGGUGGCGUACCCGGUGGCGGCCGUGUACCACCGCAAGAGCGGCGAGUUCACCUUCAUCCAGCGGAUGGAUGUCUUGGAGAAGGACUCGCUGCUGCCGGGCUUCCCCAGGGGCGAGGUGGUGCUCGAGGGCGACACAGACAUCGGAUCACUCGGCUUCAAAAACAACAAUGGCAGCCCUUCGCUGGUGCUCAACUUCCCUUGGUCAGCUCAGCUCACCUGAAUGACCCCCUGUGCUGUCUUCACUAAGCCAUCCAUCAAUCCAUCUGUGUGUGUGUGUCUGGCAGGUAUGAGCGUGACUUCGCGUAUCAGCGUAAGGGCACCAUUUUGCCUCUGGAGGAGCAGGGUCCCGUGCAGUCCUUUCUGGAGCUCAAGGCCGGCGAGUCCAAGACCGUCAGCUGGCGGCUCGUCUACGGCAGGUGCGACAGCUACCACGAGCUCGUCUGCACCACCUGGGAGGCGUCAUACGCACACCUGCAGCCCAAACUGGUGCCCACAUCCCUUCUCGAUGACGAAAUACUCGACCUCCUCUGCCACUACUUCGUGUACUCACUCACGGCCACACACACGGCAUGCUGUCUGUGUGUGAUGUGAUAUGUGUGUGUGUGUGUUCAGGGAUUCGUAUCUGUCGACACCGACGCUGCACGGCUUCAAGUGCGUCAACAUGAGCCCCCGCACGUGUGAGGUGGUCGAGGAGGACGUAGCCUUUGAGGUGGGCUUCGUGGGCCGGGUGCUGAUGAAUGCCACCAACUGCUACACCUACGGCCAGAAGAAGGGCCGGCAAGACCUCAUCGAGAUCGGCACCAGCGUCCUCACCUCAUGGUUCGAACACGGGUUCACCGAGAAUGGACUUCUCAAGGUGAGUCAGUAUAGUAUAAGUAGCUGGUGCCCGUGUCAUCAUUCUGUGUGGUUCUUUGUGUUGUCAUGUGUGGCAUGGCCGGCUGCAGGAGAUUUUCCACGCCAAUGAGCAGCAGCAGGUGGAGCUCUUCACCAGCCGACGGCAGGGAGAAGGUAUGCUGACCCUUCCCCCUCCCCCUCCUCUCACCCACACCCACCAGGGACACCAGAGACACCACAGACACACACUCUUCCUCUCUCUCCUGUGCUGCAUGCCAUUCAGCUGCCUUGGCGUUGAUCCAGUAUUUGGAGUUUGAGCGUCACAGCUGUCGGCCGCCCCCGGCCGAGUACGAGAGCAAGGUGAAGCGGCUGUUGGAGACCUGCAUAUCGCUGCAGCAGGUGGACGGCAGCUUCCCCCGGGCGUUCGACAAGAACCUCGCCAUCAAAGACGCCAAUGGGGGCGGCACCUCCUGCAUGGUCCCCGCUCUCAUCCACGCCUUCAGGUCGUUGACCGUUCCCCCUCUCGAUGGAUGGAUGGAUGGAUGGGUGGGUGUGGCAUGCCGGCAGGUAUUUCGAUGACCCCAAGUAUCGCGACAUAGCGAUUCAUGCGGGCUACUAUAUUGUGAGUGAGGUGGUGGAGCAGGACAACUACACCUCGUCCACCAUCGAUGCCAACUGCCCUGACAAGGAAGCCGCAACAUACGCCGCUACGGCCAUGUGGUACCUCGCAGGUCGGUCAGUCACACCCAACACACACACACACACACACACACAGAGAGAGAGAGAGAGAGGCUUUCGUGAUGGCUUGUGUGCUGUGUGUUCAGGUGUGACCGAGGUGGAGCAGCUUCGCCAGCGGCUGACCAAGGUGGCGGCCAAGGCGUGCGACUUUGCCCUCAGCUACUUCAUGCUCUACGACACACCAUUCGCUGCAGGACACAUACUCAAAGACCAAGUGACAUGACAGACACCAUCCACCCCACCCACCACACACACGAACACCACACCCAUCUGUGUGUCUGUGUGUGUGUGGUGCAGGUGCCGCCCCACGGCCUGCACACCCGUGGGUGGGGCUUGGUGUCUAGCGAGAACAACCACAUCGACUGCUAUGCCUUUGACUUCCUGGAUGUGCUGCGCUGGGUGGGCGACGAGGUGCGGCCGGCCAGCCAAGGGUGGAAGUACCACACGAUGGCCAACCUCAUCGCCAGCAGCCUCAGGGAGCAGCUGCUGCCGAGGCCGGGGCGCAUGUGCGGCAUUGGAAAGGUCAGGCCUAUAACACACACACCACACACACAGAGGGAGGGAGGGAGGAAGGAGGAGCCAUCCAUCCAUCCAUCAAUCCAUCCACCCACCCCUGUGUGUGUGUGUGUGUGUCUUCAGGUGGGCUACAUGCCGGAGGUGGUGCAGCAGACGUUGUGGGACUACGGCAAGAACGGCAAGGGGACGUACAACUACUUCAUGGCCUUCGGGUGGCCGGUGGCGUCCAUCUGGCGCAUGCUAGAGCGGCGCGUCUUCGGCUUCCACCCCGACCUCCUCCCAGCAGACCACCCACACGCACCGCCACUCGCACGCACCUGACUCACCUGACUCACCAGUGGGACGGAGGGAGACAGGGAGGGAGGCAGGGAGGGAGAGUUGGAGUGGGAUGCAUGCCUGCAGGUUCUCCCGGUUUGUUUUUUGUUUGGCAAUGCAAUGAAGGUCGUCGGGUCGGUGGAGGGUUUUUUGCUUGCUGGCUUGCCUGCCUGCCUGCCUGCUCGCGCCAAACAUGUGUGUGGGUAUGCAUGCGUCUCAAGCCGCUGCGCGUUCGUGUCGUGAAGCGCAGCCCUCCGUCGGUCUGUGUCGGUCUCUCGCAGCCAGCCAGCAGGGGUUUUUGCUAUGUCGGUCGGGAUGUGUGGAGUGACUGGGUUGGGGGUGGGGCGUGUUUGUUGUGUCUGUGGUGAGUCUGCGAAGGAAGGCCGCAUGUGCGCUGAACGUGCAUCAGAUCAUGCACGCCUGCCUAAAUGCGCGGAGGCCGGUGGGGUGGGUGGGUGCGGUUUGUUUGUGUUGCUGUAUUGCUCUGUUUCUGUGUCAGUCAGGUCAGGUGUGAUCUACUGGUGUGUGUGGUGUGUGUGUACAUCAAUCAAUCUGUUGAGUGAAUGAAUUAGCUAGGUGCACCCACUACCGAAGACAGACAGACAGACAGACGGACAGACAUCUGUCAAAGUGACAGUCACUCCAUUGUACAGUCAGAGUUAGUUGAUUGAAUCCAACACAAGCCUCACUGCAUUCUCAACGUAGACCGGACAAUGCAGGGGUCUGGGGAGACCGAGCAAG